UUUAAAAAUAUAGUAAAAGGAAGGUAAAAUGGAGCCUAAAGUCCUCCAAGAACGAGAGUACAAAGCUAAUUUCUUCCUCAGGUCAGAAUCCGGCUACUACGAUGGCUUCUUAGUUGACGAAAAACCUGAAGGUCAAGGUAAAAUCAAGUGGGAAAACGGCAACGUGUUCGAAGGAUUCUUCCAGAACGGCAAAUAAGCAUGGCAAAGGCAAGAAGACUAAUAAAGACGGCAGCUAUUUUGAAGGAGUCUAUUGAGAUAAUACACCAACCGAGGGCCACUACAAGUGGGCUGAUGGCAUGGAGUAUGUAGGCCAGUGGAAGAACGGCAAGUUCCACGGCAAAGGAACCAAGAUUAACCCCAAUGGAACUAAGUACGAAGGAGAGUGGAGUUUUGGAAAACCACAAGGCAAAGGCACCCUAGAGUACGCAGAUGGGUCUAAAUAUGAAGGUUUCCUUGUAAAUGGCCUGUUUAAUGGACUGGGAAAGAAGACUUUCAAUGACGGGACGUUUUAUAAAGGGACAUGGAAAGAUGGUGAGCUUACAAGAGGAGUUUUUCAAAAACCUUCAGGUAAAGGAUAUGAAGGAGAGUGGAAAGACUUUAAAUAUCAUGGAAAAGGAAUUAAGUUUUACAAAGAUGGGAGUAAAUAUGAAGGAAAAGGAAAAAGAAUAACACCAGAAGGAAAUAUUCAAUUCGGAGAAUGGAAGACUAUUGAUGGUAAACAAGAAUGGAUCGUCAAGAAAACUAAACAGCUCACAUUGCAAAAUUAUCCUAACCCUGGUCCAAAUAAAAGGGAGCCUAAAUUAGAAGACAAUCUUCAAGAAGAUCUGCAAGAGACUUCUAAAGAAGAUGAAAAUUCUCUAAUGCUUGAAGAUACUCCCAUAGAAGUAGAGGAGGUUUGUAAAGCCAGUCCUCUUCAAACUCAGCCAAACAGUCUUGAAGUCAAGAAAAUUACCUUUAAAGAUAAAGAAGAGUACGAAAAGUUCUUAAAAGACUCAGUGGAGGAGAAUAAAGAAGUGCAGUCUUACAAGAUGAAAUUCCCUGAUGGCAGUUAUUAUGAAGGGACUCUUCAACAUGGAAAAUUUCAUGGCUAUGGAACAAUGAUAUUCCAACAAUCUACAAAAAUAAACUCUGCCCCUCAGCCAGCAAAGUAUUCAGGAAGGUGGGACAAAGGACUUUACAGCGGUCAAGGCAUAUUUACCUGGCCAAAUGGUAGCACUUAUAACGGAGAAUGGAAGGCAGGCAGAGAAGAAGGAAUCGGAACUUUCACUUCAGGCACUUGGAAAGCAGGCAAAUAUGUUAAUACAGAAUAAAUAGAUAUCCAACAGA